GGCGGGCCCAAAGGGGCGGGUCCACUGGGUUGGGGAGAAGGCGGGCCCUCGGCGGCCAUGUUGAGGCCCCGCCCUUCCCUUCAGGCCGCUUUCCGUAGUCUCGCCGCCACCACGACCCGAGGAGAAGAAUGGCAUUAAAACAGAUUUCCAGCAACAAGUGUUUUGGAGGAUUACAGAAAGUGUUUGAACAUGACAGUGUUGAGCUGAACUGCAAAAUGAAAUUUGCCAUCUACCUACCACCAAAGGCAGAAACUGGAAAGUGCCCUGCACUCUAUUGGCUGUCUGGUUUAACUUGCACAGAACAAAAUUUUAUCUCAAAGUCUGGUUAUCAUCAGGCUGCUUCAGAACAUGGCCUUGUUGUCAUCGCUCCAGAUACCAGCCCUCGUGGCUGCAAUAUUCAAGGAGAAGACGAGAGCUGGGACUUUGGCACUGGUGCUGGGUUUUAUGUGAAUGCCACUGAAAAUCCAUGGAAAACUAAUUAUAGAAUGUACUCUUAUGUAACAGAGGAGCUUCCCCAACUCAUAAAUUCCCAUUUUCCAGUGGACCCCCAAAGGAUGUCUAUUUUUGGCCACUCCAUGGGAGGCCAUGGAGCUCUGAUUUGCGCUUUGAAAAAUCCUGGAAAAUACAAAUCUGUUUCAGCAUUUGCUCCAAUUUGCAACCCAGUGCUCUGUCCUUGGGGCAAAAAAGCCUUUAGUGGAUAUUUGGGAACAGACCAAAGUAAAUGGAAGGCUUAUGAUGCAACACAUCUUGUGAAGUCCUACCCAGAUUCUCAGCUAGACAUACUAAUUGAUCAAGGAAAAGAUGAUCAGUUUCUUUCAGAUGGACAGCUUCUUCCUGAUAACUUCAUAGCUGCCUGUACAGAAAAGAAAAUCCCUGUUGUUUUUAGAUUACAAGAGGGUUAUGAUCAUAGCUACUACUUCAUUGCAACUUUUAUUACUGACCACAUCAGACAUCAUGCAAAGUACCUGAAUGCGUGAAAAACUUCACAAAGGAGAAUCUCUUCAGAAUUAAUGUUGUAACAAACAGCUGCUCAGAACAAAAGGAUUUCAUGAUUGUCAAGGAACUUCCUUCUCCAGUUGAGUCACCUUCUGAAUAAAUACUUAACACUGCUUUCUGGCUUUAAAAGUCAUUUACCAGUAUUCACACAAGAAACCUUCCCUGUUUCACUGCUUUUUGAGUAUCAUUUGGAAGUCCUUGUUAUAUUAACCUUAGGUCACAAGAAUAUGAAUCAAAUCCUAUUCAAAUCACAGAAUGCUAAGUCUAAAGCAGAAGAUUUUAAAUAGCUCAAACUCUUCAUCUUUUCAGAUUUUAAUAAAGCCACUGAAGCAAUGAA